AUGUCGGCCCCCGGGGCGAGGGGCUCCGUGUUCUCGGCCUCCCUGUUCCCCUCCGGCCGCAGCUCUGGCCGGCUCGGCUCGGUGGAUUCGGUGCUGGGGAGCUUUCGCGAGGCGGCCAAGGUCGGCAGGGUGGGAUCCCUGCUGAAGUUCUUGCAGAAAAUCCUGAAGCCAUCUGAUAAAGGAACUGAACAACCUGCUGACAUCCACAGUUUAGUCCCCUGUGGAGAUGUGGUUGGUUGCCUGGCUGUUCAUGUGAAGGUGUGCAAAGAUUUUACAUCAAAAAUCAAUAUACAGAAAAAUACAAACUUGCUGCUUCGCAUUACUGUUAACCAAGUCAUGAAAUGCACAAAUCCACAAACUUUCAAAUCACAGUUAAAGAAUAGCAGAAAGGACAUUGUGAUUCAUUUUGAAGAUGUGAAAUAUUUUUCUGUACAGGUUCCAAGGCGGCAACAGGAUGAGCGGAAUAGGAUUAUUCUAGAAUUGGUGGGAUUUCAAGGUCCAAGAGACUUUCCAAGGUUGCUGGGAAGUGCAACUGUACACCUUUAUGAAGUCAUUAAGAAAGGCCACUUCAUUGAAACAUGUGCCAUGAGGAUUGGAAACAUGGUUUUCUGCACAGCGGAAGUGGAGUUUAUGUUCUGCUAUGGAAGUUUUGGAUAUGGCUACUCGCACCAGCUGAAACAUUCUGAUGCAGAUCUUCGGAAGACCACUAAACAUUCCAUGUUUGUUCGGAUUCCACCACGUGAAGACAGAACAGAUCCUGAAAGUAAUAUUACCACAUCACAACACGUGGGGUACCGAGCAUUCUUAUCCCCAGACCUGAAUGUGAGAGAAGAGACUCUUGAGAAGGAUAUUCCUACAAUAUCUGGUGUGUCUUCUGAUGGUUUAGAAAUGCCUCCUCGAAACAGAUUGGAAAAAAUGAAAAAGGAAUAUCGGAGUCUGAAAACAUGGCCUGAAAAGGCUGAGUAUUUAGACCAACUCAUCAUGAAAAGGGGACCUAAAAUGACAACAGAGCAGAAUAUGACAUCUCGCUUCAAGGAAAUGGUUGGAAAGAUACAACAAGCUACCGAGGAAGGAAUCGGAAGCUGUUUUGACACAUCAGCUGAUUCACAGUUACAGGAAGAGCAGCUGUCUGGAACGGAGACUAAACCCAGCAAGGAUUUUGACCUGCCCUUGAGAAUUGCAGAGACCAUACUGAGAACUGUGGAAAGAGGUUUAAGUGAUGCCCAGGAACAUGCAGAAUCUGAAGAAAAUCCUCUUUCUAUUCCCAGAGAGAUUGGAAUAUCUGCAUCUACUAUUUCUCAAAAACUGCCAGCUAAGAAAGUAUCUGAAAAUCUGACGAGGAAAUCUUCAGAAGAUCAAGACAAAAUUGUGGACUCAGGCAGUGUUCCUGUAGCUCUAGAGAGGGGAACAAAAUUGGGAAAUAAUCAUGGCAAAGAAGAAAUAGAAGAUCUGGAACCAGCAGACAUAUCAUCAAAGAGGCUUGACCUGUCAGGUUUAGAAAAUUAUCCAGUAAUAGAAAUACAGUACCAGCAACCUAUUCUUAGUGGAGACAAGUUUGAACCUUUUUUGAGACAUGUAGGUAGAACACAGUCAAGUGCACAGAAUGAAAAGAAAGAAGAUCAAGAAGUGCCUAUUUUCAGUCUUCUGAAAAACAAACUUUCAUGUGCAGAGAUUAAAGAAGACCAAGAUCCACCUGUCAAGGAAUCUUCAAGAUUUGCAGCUAGAAGUCCAGAUAUUAUUUUAAGCAAGAACAGUCAGCACCUGUCCAUAUUAAAACUUAUAGAAUCAAAAAUGGAAAUAGAGGAGGAUGAGAUUAGCGUUAAAGAAGAGUCCCCAACACAUGCUAUAAGAACAGAUUUGCCAGAGAAAUGGCAAGAGGAGAGUCUUUCAGAAACAGAAAUAGUACGUCUAAACUCUUUUUUAAGUAAAACUCUUGAAGACUUUCUUAUAGAUAGACUUAUAAAAGUAAUAAUGCUAAAAUCUGUGUUAAGCAAAAAUCUUGAAGGGUUUGUAGCAGAGAGACUUUCAGAAAUAGGAAUAGUCACAAAGAUAGAAUUAGAAGAAUACCAGAACCUACAGAGUAUUAUAGAUGGAUCACCAGUUGUUUUAGAGAGAGAGUUACUUAAAAAAAGAAAAGAUAUUUCCAAGGAAAGGCUUUCAGAAGCAGAAAUAAUACAUUUAAAAUCUGUUUUGAGUAAAAACCUGCAAGAUCGUCUCAUAGAGAGAUUUUCUGAAACAGGGAUAAUCACAGAUUUGGAGUUAGGAAAGCAGCACCAGAACCUAUCAUUGCAGGGAAUUAAAGAUAGAUCACCAGUGGUUUUGGAGACGGAUUUAGCUGAGAAAAUGCAUGAUAGUUGUGAGACGAGACCUUCAGAAAUGGAAAUAAGUCUUAAAUCUGUUGUAAACCAAAAUCUACAAUAUCUUCCCAUAGAGAGGCUUUUCGAAACAAGGCUAAUUGAAGAGGUGAAGUUAGGAAAGGAAUACAAAAACUUUUCUUUGUCAAAGACUGAUGAGAGACAACCAAAGCCUGAGGCAGAUUUAUCGAAGAAGAGGAAUGGUCAAUCCAGGGGAACAUGUUCAGAACCUGAAAUAACAAUAAAAUAUCUAAGUCAAAACAUAGAAAACUGUGCCAUAGAGAGUCAUUCACAAACAGGUUUAAACACAGAGAUGGAGUUAGAAAAACAGCACCCAAACCACUCAAUGCAGAUCAUCAAAGUCAAAUUGCCAGUGGUUAUGGAGACAAAUUCACCUAGGACAGGACAAGACUGUCACAAGCAGAGGCUUUCAGAACAACAAAUAAAUCUAAAAUCUGCUUCAGACAAAACUCUCCAAGAUUCUCUCAUAGAAAGACUUUUGGAUACAGAAAUAAUGAAUCUAAAGGAUUUUUUAAACAAAUGUCUCCAGGAUCAUCUCCUAGAAAAACUCUCAGAAAUAGGAUUAAUCACAAAAGAAGAAUUAGAGACAGUACAUCAGAACCAUUCCUUGCUGAACAUUCCAGAAGGACAACCAAUGAUCCUGGAGACAGAUAUAAGCCAAGUUCACUCUGGUGAGAAUCUUGCUAAACCACAUAUAAUAAAAGGAGAACCUGUUUUAAGUGGACGUAUACAGGACUUCCUUCUUGAGGUACUCUCAGAAACAGAAAUAAUGAAUCUAAAGUCAUUUUUAAGCAAAAAGAUCCAAGACCAUCUUGUAGAACGACUCUCUGAAAUAGGGUUGAUCACAGAGGAAGAGUUAAGAAAGAUAUACCACAAUUUGUUUGUGCUGAGAGCUAAUGAAAGAUUGUCAUGGGAUGUGGAAUCAGAUUUACCUGGGGAAGAGCAAAAUCUAAGUCUAAAAUCUCUUUUAACCCAAAACCUUAAAGAUAGACUUUCAGAAACAAAACUAGUACAUCUAAACUCUCUUUUAAGCAAAAUACUGAAGGAAGGUCAUAGAGACAAACUUUCUGAAACAGAAAUAAAAAGUCUAAAAUCUAUUUUAAGCAACAACUUGCAAGACCUUCCUAUAGAAAGUGCUUCAGAAACUGGGUUAAUCAAUGAGAGAGAAUUAGAGGGAGUAUGCCAGAAUGCUAAAGGAAAACCACUAAUAGUUACUGAUACAGAUAUACUUGAGAUAGGGCAAUAUCAUUCUAAGCAGAGUCUUGAUAAACUCACUAUAAUAAACGAAAAGUCUAUUUUAAGAGAAGAGAAGUUAGUUCCUGUAGAGAAUGUUCCAGGACAAGUAACAUGUGUGAUGGCAAAUCUAAUCAAUGAAACCAAAAUCAAUAGUGUAAUACACCUUCCUCAAAAAAAUAAUUUAGAAAAAGAGAGUCAAGACCCACAAAGUUGUUUUGAUAAAGCAGAAGUAGCACAUUCAAACACAGAUUUUGACAAAUCUUUAAAACCAAAGCCCCCGAAUGAGACUUUGAGGGGAACACAUGAAACAACAGACUCACCUUCCUUAUGUGCCCAUGAUAUUGCUAUCCAAACAGAACUUAAGGAAUAUCUCUGCAAACCAACACUGUCCUUUCCCGUAAACCCUCAAACAUUUAUUUUUGUACAUUCAGGGUCUGAGGAAGAAACUAAAUCACCAAACAAGUCUCAUGAGAAGUCAAAAGGCAAAAAAAAGCAUGCUAAGCGUUCUAAGAAGCAUGUUGCAUCAUGCUACUCACCCCAGGGACAAGUAUUAAUGUGCACACAGUUUCAAAAGGAAAAACAUGGUUUGAAUAACUGUAAGGAGAUCUUAAAGGAAAAACAUAGAAAACAUUCUGAACCACCACCUCCAAGAUCAUGUGUUUCAGAAGCCAAGAAGGAUUCAAAAGACUCAACAGUCUCAAACAUUUUGAAAAAGGAAAGCCUGAAGCAGAAAGCUGAGCAAGAAAGAGAGAAUGAUGAGAGACCAAAGAAAGCACUUAGCAAGUCUAUUAAGAUACCAACAGCCACAGUAUCUGAACCACAGCUACAGGACUCUGAAAAAGCAUUGCAAGAAAAAUCAUACGUGAGUAGUUUCCAUUUGACUGGUGUGCAGAAGGAAACAGAUCUGUAAGAAUAAUAAUUUUCUCUUAGAUUUCCACCUCAUGAAUGUCUGAAACAGAAAACUAAAUACAUGACUUUCUAAAUAUCUGGAGGCAGAAUUAUUAGUGCAAUGUCUCUUCAUAAAUGGAUAGCUUCCAAGUAGGCAGGCCCAACACUGAAAUCAUUGUUACCCCUCAGUCCUAGUCCCCCCUCCCAAGUGUUUGUAAUGUCACCCAAAUAGGGAAGAAAAAUCAAAACUAAAUAUCUCACUCUUCUAGCUGUUCCUCACCUUCUCUCUGCCAGGGAAUUCAAAGAAAGCCAGCAUUUCAAUUUCUCUGGCAUGUUAGUGAAAUAAUAGCGAUUAACUAUAAAUAAUGUAGUAAGUUUAUUAGAGAAUAAAUGUAGCCUCUAGUCUACAUUUGCAAAGCGGGAAUUUGGCAGUUUUUUAUAGUUUUUGGUUUGCCUCAGGCACUUACAGACAUCUAAGAAUUUGGAAUUUGAGAUGUUCCUUUUACUCACCCUGUGUUCCCUGCUUCCAGUGGACAUGAUAAAGGAUUAUGCUCCAUUGAAGAGUACAUGACCAAAGACUGUAAUACCCACAGGUCCUUCUCAGAUAAAGCCUAGAAGCAUCAAAAGACACACUAAUCCAGAAUCUCUACCUGCAGAGGCUUUGGAGGUGAGAGUAUGGAUAACUUUUUCCUAAAAAGGUCUCUCAGGCAUGUGUAGUGUGGCUGGUAAGCCUCCCUCAGUGCCAAGGCCUGAGUCAGACCUCCAGGCUGAAAAGGAGCUGUCGCCUUUAAAAGCUCCCUUCACCUAUUCUCGCAAAGGUGAGGAAUGGUCUCUUUGAUUUGUUUGCUGGGACUAACUUUAGUGGAACUGCCCAGGUGAGUAAGGUAUGAAGGUAUGGGUCCUGUUGUAUUAAGUUAAGUGGAAUAUAUGAGCUACGUGUUAACAUAACCCAAUCACUUCCAA